GGGUUAAUAUGCAAAAAGGGACUCCCACAUCCAAUGGCAGCACAGCUUACAUUUUGUGUGUCUCAAGAACGCAGGAGGUGUUGCACCAGAAUCUCUUUGUUGAGCCAACUGUCAAAAUCGGGGCAGGAGUCCCGGUACUGAGCCGGUGUGUGGUGUCCUGUCGACCUUCCUUCGGAGAAUGUCCAGCGUAGCAGUUCAGCAGUAUGGUACGAGCUUUUAUCCAUGGCGGUGACAGUCAUCAGAUGUGCUGCCCUGACAGUCUGGGAACUGGGCCUGUACCAGAAAUUAAAAUGUCCAUUUGAGUCACUUGGGUAAGUGGAAGCCCCUGCAGGUGAUAUCAGUCACUGACGUGGAAUUUAGUUAUCUUACAUUAGUGAUGUUCUUGAGGUGUGAGCUGAAUGUAGUUUCACUAACAUCUGCUGGUCCCCUAUUAGAUGACAUUCCUGUCGUGACGAAAACUUCCUGGGGAAUUCCAGUGCCAAACGCCCCUCGCCUCCAUAUGACCUCCCCAUUUUUCACUAAGUUACGAGCCUUUCUGUGAGUUCAAGGAAGUCAAUACUAUCAUGUCAAGAGAUCCAGCCAGUUAGUCACUAGAAAUAUACAGAGGUGAAGAUUUCAGGUCCAGAGAGUACAAAUCCAGACCAAGAUUUUGUUUCAACCAACCAGUUGAGUAUAAUCUUGGUCUGGAUUUAUACUUUCUGGACCUGAACCUUUACUCUCCCUAAAUCCCAUGCGACAAACCAGGUGGAGAUUGGAGCAUCAUUCCUUAAUGAAACUUAUGCCAAAGGUUAAAUUAUCCACAGUUUAAUAAGUAUAUUUUAUAAAUACCCAAUACUGUAUUUCAUUCACCCAUUUCCUGUAACUGAUUUUUCAGUGUACGAUGGUCUGUAGAUUAUCCCAGUGAACACGGAACAGUGUAGAGGAUGUCUUGUAUAGGAUGCCAGUCCAUCGCAUGUCUCACACAUGCUUGCACACACAAUGGGCACGUUAGUUUGAUCAAUAAAUGUUUAAGAAAUUCUGAUGAAGUACUUUGCUCUAUGCUUCGAAAACUGCAUGCUGGUACGGAGCACUGAAGCACCCACCACAGGACAAACCACCUCAGGGAUGAGAACCCAAGUGCAGUUGUGCAGAAAAAAGCAAUGAAGAGCCCUAACGCCUCACCCCCCCUGCACGUGCACGUGAUGGAGAGCACCCCCGUGCACGUCCACGUGAAGAAGAGCCAGAAGAGCAGGCCAAAGAAGACAGGCCAGCUGAAACCGAAGGCAGAGACAUUAAGCUUGCGACCGACAGCCCGUGUGAAGGCACGGGCCCCGUGGAUUCCCCCCGGAAGGACCUCUGUUCGGGACAUCUCGUACAAGUGGGAGGGGCCCACUCACCGGCUGGAGAUCACACCCUUGCCGCAGCCAAACCCCUCACCCGGGCCACUGAGACCAGAGGACUUGUCCACCGAUGAAGAGGAGGUGCUGCACGGACGCAUCAGUCAGUACGAGAGGAAGAUUGACAGCCUGAUGUCGGAGGUCAGCUCGCUGAAGAAUGAGCUAGAGCUGCGGAAGAAGGAACAGCUCCUAGAGCGCCAGUCGGAACAUCUGUGUGCCUCACAGCGAGUCAUCGAGGAGCAGGAAGAGGUGCUGGCCGAGGCGGCUAAGGAGCUGGAGGUCACAGAACUGGAGAACUCCCGCCUCCGGCAGUCCAUGGAGAAGAUGCAGGAGCAGAGCGACUGCACUAGGUUGGAGAAGGAGGCUCUUAGGCAGGAGAAGGAGGCUCUGCUGAGGAAGCUGGUGGAGGCAGAGAUGGAGGGCGCUGCUGCUUCCCGGCAGGUGGCAGCCAUGAGGGAGACAGUGGGCCGCAUGCACAGCGAGAAGAGGAUGUCUAGUUCAGAGGCAUCCUUGCUGACAAGGCAGAAGGAGCUUCUCCUGCAGAAGCUGGAGACCUUCGAGAGCACCAACCGCACCCUGCGCAAUUUGCUGAGGGAGCAGCGUGGCCGUGAGAUGGAUGUGAUGAGGCUGGCGGAGCAGAAGGAUGCACUGCUGGAGAGGCUGACGGACGUGGAGGCACAGAAUGCGCAUCUUCUGGUGAGACUGCAGGAGAAGGAGAGCCAGGCUGAUCAGCUCACCGUCCUCCUGGAGUCGGAGAAGGACAACGCGAAGACGACGGGCGAGCUCUCCAAAGUUCUGGAGUCCACGCGGGCUCACCUGCAGGGACAGCUGCGCAACAAAGAGGCUGAGAACAACCGGCUGGCCGUUCAGAUCCGGAAUCUGGAGAGGGCGGCGGAACAGCAGCGGGUGGAGGUGGAAAACGUGGAGGAGCAGCUCGGGGAACUGAGACAGAAGGCCGAGGCUGAGAAGGAGGCCCUGAAGAGGGCGACGCGGGUGCUGAAGCAGCGGGCGGAGCGCAGUGAGGAUGCAGCAGGCCAGCUGAGCGCCCAGCUGCUGCAGAAGGAGGCCCAGCUGGCUGAAACCAUUUCCACGGCGGAGGACAGGAGCAGCCGAUAUGCUCAGCUAGUGAAGGAGAAGAGCCACCUGGAGUUGGAGAUCGCUGUCCUCAACAGCCGUGUGUCGGAGCUGACAGAGCAACUUCGUGGUGCUGAAGAUAAGACUCGGGUUGACAGGGAGGCUCUGCUGGACCGGCUGCACAAGCUCACCUCUGGCUGCACCUCCACCCAGCUGGAGAAUCAGAGCCUCAAGGCCAGGCUUGCGGCACUGGAGGAGAAGCUGAGCCUGUCUCAGUCGGAGGUCCAGCAGGUGAAGGCAUCCCUGAAGCAGUACGAGAGCCUGGUGGAGAGUUACAAGACCCAGAUGCUGAAGACCCGCGCCGAGGCGGAGGAGUACAGCAUGAAGCUGGGCCUGGCCGAGGAGCAGGCGGAAGCCCUGCGGGAGCAGCUGGAGCGGGAGGCGGCCGUGGCCAGGGGGCGGCUGCAGGGCCGGCUGGCCGAGCUGGAGCCGCUACCCGAAGCAGUGAGGAGGGCGGAGCUGCAGCUGCAGGAGGUGCAGGAGCGUGAGAGGGUGCAGGAGAGGAGGAACACGGAGCUGAGCGGGGCGCUGGCCGAGAUGCGGCUAAAGGCGGAGCAGCAGGGUGUCCAGGUGCAGGCAGCCCGGGAGAAGAACCUGCUGCUGCUGGAAGAGAACAAGCAGAUGCAGAAUAGGGUGGAGGACCUGGACAGGAAGCUGGAUGAGGUCGGCGGGCAGAAUCGCGACCUGUUGCAGGUGAUCGCCAAGCGGGAGGAGACCAUCCACAGCAACCAGCUGAGGCUGGAGGAGAAGUCGCGGGAGUGCAGCCUGCUGGCCCGGCAGCUGGAGGAGGCCCUGGAGGACGCGAGGCGCCAGGUCGGCCACAGCCGUGAGCGUGCAGCCUCCAAGGAACGCUCCACCCAAGCCAAGCUGCUGGAGCUGGAGACUCAGCUGAGCCGCACCAAGACCGAGCUGGAGCAGCUGAGGCGGGCCAAAGAGGACGCAGAGCGCCGCUUUCAAAGCCGGCUACAGGAUGUACGGGACCGUCUGGAGCAGUCGGACAGCACCAAUCGCAGCCUGCAGAACUAUGUGCAGUUCCUCAAGACCUCCUAUGCCAGCGUUUUUGGGGACUCUGCAUUCGCAAGCUCUGCUGCCCGUGGUCCCUCCCCUCUCUGAGUGGCCCAGUCCUGAUGAUGGCCCAGUCCUGAUGAUGGCCCAGUCCUGAUGAUGGCCCAGUCCCUGUCCUUCUGUCAUCCUCCAGUCACAUUGAGUGAUUUUAAGUUCUUGAAAUGGAGCUUAAUGACAUAGCCAUGUCUCAGUGAACACUAACACAACGUCUUCACUGAACCCCAAAAUAGGGUCCCUAGUUCCACCUUUUAUUUUGUGGUUUUUACAAUAUCUAUCUUUAUUUCCUUAUUUGAAUUUCUGUCAUUAUAUCAUAAUUUGUUAUUUCAGUGUUAACGUUUCAUCUUGUCCUUGUUUACUUCUCAGUAUGAUUUUGAAAAGACAUUUAAAUGAUUCAGUAAGGACAGUGAUGUUGUAGUAAACAUACAGGGUAUUGCAUUGUCACAAGGUCUACAUCUCAGGCCAUCCUCAUAAAAACUGUGCUUCUUUGGUGCUCGAUAUCCGGGCGAGCUGCGAAACAUGAAUUUCCAGGGAACUUCCCGGCUAGACUGUACUGCAGUAAUGUUCCAUGACAAAGGAGUCUCUUUGGAACUACCUGCCGUUCAUACUGUCUUGAAAUUGUUUGACAUUGAGGAUUUUUAUCUUUUACGUUGGCUGCAAAUGUUCAGGAUGGCUUGUGAUCUAUACCAGUGACCUUGAAUUUUUAUCAUGUACAGUUUUUCAGGAUUAUCUGUUUGUUCAUUUUACAAAGUGUCUGUACUGUUGGACCAAACAACUGUUGACAAAAUUCUCCUGUAUAACUUAAACGUAAUUUAAGUAAGAAUAUUUUUUUCUAUCUAAAUAUUUUAUAUAAAUUGCAUUUUUAUUGAAAUGCUGAGAACUGUAUUUUGUUGUUCUUGUUUCCCAAAAUGAUCUAUACCAAGAUAAUUUGUGUUGCUUUGCGUUAUUAACAGGGUUAAGUGAAAAAGGCAAAUGAAUAAGUGGAAACUUGCAUCUGGAGGUUAAUUGUUUAGGCUACUUAGAGCAGCUUAAUUAUAUAAUGAAGGGAAAUUAAGUCAGCUAGACACAAAUUUA